AUGCGGCUGGGAUGCCGUUGGACUCUCGAGGUGCUGGGUCUAGCGCCCGGCUCCAGCUCACAAGAGGUGCGGCGGGCCUUCCGCGCCAAGGCCCGGGACCUGCACCCGGACCUGGGCGGGGACCCCGAGAGGUUUCACGCGCUUCAUUUGGCCUACCAGGCGCUGACGCAGGUGGAAAGUCCCGCCGAAAGCCCAAAGCCCGCGGGUGGCCGCAAACCGGCGAAGGACGUGCAGCCGGCCACACGGACCAUGGAGGACUACUUUCAGUGGCGCCGUGAGCAGCAGCCGCGCCGCGACGCACUGCGGGAGGCGCGGGCGGAGCGGCGCCAGCAGCUCGCGGCGAGGAGCCGGAGGCGAGGCUCGGCGCGGGCCGCGGCUCAGAGCACCCGACGCCUGGAAGAGGCGGCCGUGCAGCAGGCGGAGACGCCAGAGGCGCGCGCCGCCUGGCUGCGGGAGGUGGAUAGCGUGAACGUGCGGAGGCAGUCCAAGAACCGCCAGCCAGGGAAGCCCUUGAUGGAUGCGCCGGUGGGCUAUCGCAGCGUGCGGUCGUCGCAGGGCGACACCGUCGCAGUCCCCAUCUUCCGAGCGCCCGAGGGCGGCAGAUACUAUGUGUCGCCGCUGACCUCCAAGCGUGUGGCCAUCCCCUGA